CGCAUCACCGCGAAACAUCGAUCGCCGUACGACAUUUCCCAAUUCCGAGUGUGAAAGGCCAUGUUCGCUCUACCGCUCGUCUUGCGGUUUUUGUCGAGUAGCUCGUUCUUGGUACAGUUGAUUCUGGCUAUUCCGUUGGCGUUUGAGGUGGGUGGAAGGAAUUGUGGGCUGGCAUUCACGCUCGCGUUGUCGAACUUUUAUUUGGUGUUGUCAACGUUGCGAUUGGUGACGAAGAGGACGCCGUUAUCGAUUAUCCCGACGCUGUUGGCUGGGUGUCAGCAUGUGAUUAUUCCGAGUCUUCUGAUUUACUAUCUGAAUGAGUACUACGCCGAUGGUAUUGUGGCAUCGUGGUGGCAGAGCAUCUUCUUGCGGCCAUGGGGAAUGUUGAUGAUGCAUUCCACGCCGUUGUUUACGUUGAUGGAGGGAUUGGCCAGCUUGCUCUUGAUCCAGGCUUUUGGAAGGGUGAGCCGUUGGUUGGUCAACAAUCGCUCAGAUACGUGGUUGAUCAUCAUGCUCGUCGGGUGCGGUGGUGUCAUCUCCGGUGCCCUGUACUCUUUAUACCGCAUCUACAACUUCCCCGUCAUUGGCACCGUAAACUCAACCUUGAUCGGAGUCGCCUUGACCGCAUCGAUCUUCCUCUGCAUCUACGGAACAGCCUCUGGACGCGGUAACAUCGCGGAGAGCUCGCUGAUGUUCGCAUACACGGUUUACUCCAUCUACAUGGUCUGCACCGACUUCCAACCUGCCGGUGCCCCCCACCGCGCCGCAAACCCCGACGGCAAAUCCGAGUUCCCGCCGUUCCCACCUCUCAUCAUGGAAUCCUAUGCCAGCGUCGCCGCUUCCCUCGCUUCCGCGCUCCCCGAUGCAUUUUUCCGCUCCUUCGACUUUGUCUCCGCCGCAGCAAACACUAUCACCCCUUCGGUUGUUACUUCGUUGAUAUACCGCAUCAUCGUCCUCGCCGCAGCCACCAGAAUCAUCCCCGCCCUCCGCGAAGCCUCCCGCUCUCUCUCCGCAUCACCCUCCUCUUCCGACCUCGAGCCCUCCUCCCGCCUCAUGAAUGUCUUCAUCACGUACUCACCCUCAAUCCUCAUCGCAGUCUACACGCACCUUGUGAUGCAGCACUUUGGUAUGAUCGAACAUGGGCCGAAGGUCUUGGGGAUUGCGGUGGGGAGUGGGCAGGCGUGGAGGUGGAUUAAUUGUUUUGCUACUCUGGCGUUGUAUGCGGGGGAGUUGGUGCUUGGGGAUGAGGAGAUGGGGGUUGAUUUGGUGGAGCAUUGGAAAGUUGAGUGAGGAUGGGGUUGGAGGAGUCAAGGAAAAGAAUACACGAAAUAUGGAGGCACUGCUGAUGGGGUAAAACGGUCCACUGCAAGUAGGCGUCGAAGAACGCCGCCCGACUGCACGAUAUCGGUUAGUGAGAGAGCGAUACCU